AAGGCAUGGCAACCUUCACUCUCCACUCGCCGCUUCUGAUAAUUCCGACUUCUCUCCUCCUCUUCCUCGUCGUCCUCCUCGCCUACAUCUCUCCCUUAACCCAAAACCUUCUCUCCCUCCAUCGCUCUUCCUCCACAUCUCCACAGCUACUCUCCCCGGCGCCUGCUCCGGCCCAGAAUGUACCUCCGCCGCCCUUAACUUUCACAACUAACAAGAUUUCCACCCAUCUCAAGAAGAAGAGCAGCGGGACGGAGAGGAUUGAGGAAGAUUUGGCAAGAGCACGAUCGGCGAUUCGUGAAGCGAUUCGCGCACAAAACUCUACAUCUGAUGAGAAGGAGAUUUACGUUCCCAGAGGAUGCGUUUACAGAAAUGCCUACGCUUUUCACCAGAGUUACGUUGAGAUGGUGAAGAGAUUCAAGGUGUGGGUGUACAAGGAAGGAGAGCUUCCAAUGGCCCACAUUGGGCCCAUGAGUUACAUCUACUCCAUCGGAGGGCAGUUCAUGGACGAGAUGGAGAGUGGGGAGAGCCCCUUCAUGGCCCCUCAUCCUGAUGCGGCGCACGCUUUUUUUAUACCCCUAAGCGUCAGCAAGAUCGUUGACUGCUUUUACCGGCUCGAGCCCCACGUGUUUAGUAAGCGAUUGGGUCGCAUCUUCAUCGAUUAUAUCAGCGUCGUAGCCAAUAAAUAUCCCUACUGGAAUAGGAGCGCUGGAGCCGACCAUUUUAUGCUCUCUUGCCAUGACUGGGCACCAUUGAUCGUAAAAUAUGAACCUAAGUUGUACCAGAAUUUCAUAAGAGUCCUAUGCAAUGCUAACACAUCCGAAGGAUUCAAGCCCAUAAGAGACGUCUCAUUGCCGGAAUUUAACUUGAAAGGUAGCCACAACCCCAGCCUUGGCCCACCCAGGCUCGGCCUACCGCCUACAAAUCGCACAAUCCUUGCCUUUUUUGCUGGUGCCGCCCACGGAAACAUAAGGAAGAUGCUAUUCAAGCAUUGGAAGGACAAAGAUGAGCAAGUCCAAGUGUAUGAGAAUCUUCCCAAGGAGAAAAACUACCACAAAUUGAUGGGGCAAUCCAAAUUUUGCUUGUGUCCAAGUGGGUCAGAAGUGGCAAGCCCUAGGGUGGUUGAGGCAAUGUAUCAAGAAUGUGUUCCUGUGAUCAUUUCUGACUUCUACACAUUACCCUUCAGUGAUGUUCUUGAUUGGAGCAAAUUUGCAGUAUUUAUUCCUCCAAAAAGAAUACCAGAGAUUAAGAUGAUCUUGGAGGGGAUUUCACAGAGGAGAUAUUUGAUAUUGCAAAAGAGGGUGAAGCAAGUAGCAAGGCAUUUUGAGUUGAAUCGACCAGCCAAGCCAUUUGAUGUAAUUCACAUGGUGCUUCACUCUCUAUGGCUUAGAAGGCUUAACAUUAAGCUAACACAAAAUGUUUAUUGAUCAAUCUGCAUUAUGUACAUAUUAUAAUCAUUUUAUAC